AUGGCCACAGAGGCAGUGAAGGUGGCUGUGCGCUGCCGGCUGCUGAGCGGGCAUGAGGCGGCCCCGGGGUGCCGGGUGAUCAUCGGCGUGGACAGCACACGGGGCCGGUGCCUCCUGAGGAACCCCACGGCCCCUGCAGAGCUCCCUAGGCAGUUCUCCUUUGAUGGGGCCUUCGGUGGGGAGCACAGCACCGAGCACGUCUACAAUGAGAUUGCCUACCUGCUCGUGGAGGGUGUCAUGGAAGGCUACAAUGGCACCAUCUUUGUCUACGGCCAGACUGGCAGCGGGAAGUCAUUCACCAUGCAGGGAGUUGUAGAUCCCUCCUCACAGAAAGGGAUCAUUCCCAGGGCAUUUGAACACAUCUUUGAGAGAGUACAGUUGGGUUUUGCUGAAAAUGCCAAGAUCCUGCUGAGAGCCUCCUACCUGGAGAUAGAUAAUGAGGACAUAUGAGACCUUCUAGGAGCUGACACCAAGCAGAAGCUGGAGCUAAAGGAGCACCCGGAGCAGGGGGUGUACGUGAAGGGGCUGUCCCUGCAUGCUGUGCACAGUGUGGCCCAGUGUGAGCAGCUGAGGGACACGGGCUGCAGAAACAGAGCAGUGGCCUUCACCCUCAUGAACAAGGGCUCCUCGCGCUCCCACUGCAUCUUCGCUGUCAGCAUGGAAAUCUGCACUCCCGAUGAACGAGGGCAGGACUGCCUUAGGGCUGCCAAACUCAACUUGGUGGAUCUGGCAGGAAGUGAGAGACAGUCAAGGACUGGUGCCACAGGGGAGCAGCUCAGAGAGGCCACCAAGAUCAACCUUUCCCUGUCUGCCCUGGGCAAUGUCAUCUCAGCCCUGGUGGAUGGCAGGUACAGGCACAUUCCCUACUGAGACUCCAAGCUGACCAGGCUGCUCCGGGACUCCCUGGGGGGCAACACCAGGACCCUGAUGGUGGCGUGCGUGUCCCCGGCUGAUGACAGCUAUGAAGAAAGCCUCAGCACCCUGCGCUACGCAAAUCGAGCCAGGAACAUCAGGAACAAGCCCUGCAUCAACGAGGACCCCAAGGAUGCCCUGCUGAGGGAGUACCAGGAGGAGAUUAAGAAGCUGAAGGCCAUUCUGGCUGAACAGAUGGGCACGAGUAACUUGUCAGGGCUUCUACCUGCUGAGGCUGCUCACCUGGCAGCAAAUCCAGCUCCCUACCUCAAAUCCCAAGUGAAUCUGGAAGCAGAGAAGCAGCUGAUCAGAGAAGAGUACCGGGGGAGGCUGGCCCGGCUCCAGGCCAGCUACCAAGUGGAGCAGGUGUCCUGUGCCCGCCUGGAGAAGGACAUCAGCAGCCUGAGGAAUGACUUUGAUCUCAAGGUGUCUGUUCUCCAGGAUCUCCUCAGGAAGCAAGCAGCUGACACAUGGACUAGAACGACUGCUGACCACACACCUUUAUAUGAAGAUGCUGUUGCUGCAGCACAUGAAGACCCAACAUCAGCCCAGGACCCAGCAGCACCUGGGACUGUCACAGACACCGGUGGGGUGAGCAGGAGCAGUGCUGGAGCAGCAGGAGCUGUCAUUGCCCCAGGGAUUUCCCUGCCUGCCGACCAGCAGCUGGUGCUCACCAGGCUGCAGAUGCGGGAGCAGCAGGUGGUCAGGGGGGAGCAGGCUCAGAACAAGGACCUGAAGGAAAAGCACAAAUGCCGGAAGAAAUAUGCAGACGAGCGGAGGCUGCAGCUGGUGGCUGCACUGCAGGAAUCCAACGAGUACAGCAGUAAGCAGGCUCUCCUCUAUGUCUAUGACUCCAUCCAGGAGGAGGUUCAAGCCAAGAGCAAGGUGCUGGAGAAGGUGCAGGAAAAGCUCCGGGCUGCCGAGACUGAGAUCAAAGACCUGUAGCUGCAGUUUGCGCUGGAAAAGAUGGAUUAUCUGAGUACCAUCCGGCACCAGGAGCGAGACCUGAUGCUCUGCCAACAGCUGCUGGGUCAGGUGCAGUCCCUCUUCCGGCGUGACUGCAACUACCGCAACCUGGAGAUGAUCAGGCGUGAAUCCAUCUGGGACGAGGAGAGCAGCUGCCAGAAAAUUCCAGAGCUUGUCAUUCAAAAAACCCACCUACCCGCAGUGGUUCCAGCUCCACCACAGCCUGAACCAGGCCGGACAAGCCCCUCGAAUGACAGCGGGGAGCCAGUGUGCGAGGAAGACCACUACAGGCUGGUGCUGGAUAGGAGCAACAGCGAGACCAUCGCCAGCAACUACUUCCGAACCCGGCAAGCCAGCCACAUCCUUCAGCUGGACCAAGCUCCCGCAGGCUCCGAGGGGGCCGCGGACAGCACCUGCACCAUCCCGCAGCCCCGGCCCUUCCGCCUGCAGUCUCUGGCCUCAGCUCCCCGUGCCGACACCAAGCGUAGGAAGGGCAACUCCAGCGCCCGCCGCUUCUGA